GUGGCGUCUUCCUCCCUUCCCCACCAUGUCGCUGGACCUGAGCUGGUCCUUGCUAGACCAGACGUUGCAAGAGGGGCUUCGAGAGAAGCUCAAUAGCGUCCUGGCCAAUGCGUCUCGGCCGGACUUUCUCGGGCCCAUCAGCUUGGUCAGCUUGAAUUUGGGCAGCGAGGCGCCCGACGUGUGCAUCGUCGAUGUCGGCGAUGUCUGGGACGGCUUUCUCUCGAGGGAUGAUGAGGAAGAGGAAGGGACGGAAGGAACGGGAAGCAGAGACGCGGGCAGGGGGUCACCCCUCGAUGGUGCAUACCAAGAUGGCGAUAGCAGUGGGCGACGUCACCCGACGGCACGGCGAAAGAGGCGGGGGAGGACAGGGUCUGACCUUCAAGUACAGGGCAGGGAAUAUGGACAUGGAUCCCACGAGAAACCCAACAACCAGUUUGAACGAUUCGCGGAAAAGAAUCUUCCUUUCGCCAUUGAUCAGAACCCGCCUUUCUCCUCGUCACGUCGUGCUGGUCCGCAAAAUGACCGCUUGCGAUUGCAGACUUUCCGCCAGUACUCUUCGUCGGAGGCCCAGCUCGUCGAUUCAGGUUCUCAAUAUAGCGUGCCGGUGUCAGGUGCAGGAGCAAGGGGGCUAGGAAAUACAGUACCGCCUUCGAUCGUUACAGGAUCUGGCUGGGCCCCAUCCCCGGGAGCAGCAGGAGCAGGAGCGCCUUGGAAUUGGAGUGCUGGUCUCCAUGGGCACGCAGUGCAACGAAGGAGCAGCUCACAUUACGGCUACCCGAACGGAGGUCUCGGCGGCGCUGCUGGCGCAAUGGUGGGAGCAAACAAUGGGAGCAUGACACCGUCUGGCUAUUUCCCAGCCUGGGCCGGUGCGGCUGGCCCUCUCCCAAUGCCACCGCGUCCAAACGACUGGCGUCGGGCGUCGACGUCCAUCGCUCGCGGCAUCUCACCCCCUCUCCACGAUACGCCCGAAGACAUGCACCCUCAGGCGCAGACGGGGAAAGCCGAGAGCACGACGCUGCCCUCAGUCCAGCUUCACCUCUCCUUGGCCUGGUCGACGCAAGCCAUCCGCCUGACCAUCUCGACGUCCCUCCUUGUCAAUCACCCGUCACCCGCAUUCAUGAGCCUCCCCAUGACAAUCACUCUCACUUCGCUCAUCCUCCAGGCCGGUGCACUUCUGGCUUUCGAGGGGGAAGACACGACUGGCCGCGGCCGAAAGGCACACUUCUGCCUUACCGUCGAGGAAGACGAGGAGCAGGACCCACAGGCUGGACAGACGGGCGACGAAGACUUGCUCUCAGCGACGGACAACGAAGAGUUGUCGUCGGACGAACAGCAGUCGCAACAGCGCCGCCGAGCGCUGCUCCUGAAGAAGCGCCAGCAGAUCUUCUCUUCUGCCCCUCCGUCGUCUUCUUCCUCCUCCUCGUACAUGCCCUACUUUCGGCCGCCUACGCCUGGCGAAAAGAUUCUGCCCCACAUCACCCUCGAGACAAGCGUGGGCCAAGCUGACAAGCACGUCCUCAAAAACGUCGCAAAGGUCGAGCGCUUCGUCGUCGACCUCAUCCGAAAGGCAAUCGGAGACGAGCUCGUCUUUCCAAAUUUCUACAGCGUCGAACUGCCCCGAUGACGCUUUGUCGCUGUUUUAUUCACACCUCUGUGUACCACCAGACGAAAUUGCAGAUGAUACCCCUUCCUAAAUCUUGCAUUUCUUUGGUCUCUUCUGGCUUCUUGAG